AUGGCGGACGAAUCGGAUGAUGACCUGGUCAGCUACCGCAUGCGACCGCAGAAACCAAUUGAUCCUACGCUGAUGGCUACCACCUGCGCCGGCAUUGUGGUCCUUCUCACAGGUCUUGGGUUCCUCUUCGGCGCCAUUGCCAACACGCGAGUGGAGCAUGUCAGUGAUUACAGUCAAGAAGUCCAUGAAUGGGAGAAGUACCGACCCUUGCUGAAGGACACGGAGAUCAGCAUGUCGUUCAAUCUGCCAGAGACCGCCCAUCGACCUGGUGGGCUGGUAGAAAGCCAGCUGAUGCAGACGGAGGAGGAAGAUUGGGCGUUUCAUGACACGGAGGAGAUGAACGGCGUCGAGCAGUACCAACCUUUGAAGCAUGUCACUGACUUGGAACUGCCCUGCCUUUAUUCCAACUGUUCCAUGGUGGCAUUGAAUGCAGCUGACAGCCUCCAACCUCGAGAAGAUUGGAACGACCAGGUGCUGCCGUCCUGGGCUGAUGCGCCAAGAGCUUCCUUUCACUUCGUGACAAGAGGGACAGGUGGAAAGCAAUCCUCCUUCAGCACACCCGCGAUUCCGCUCAUCUUUGACCUUCCCACGGUGGGGCAAACACCGCAGCCACGGAUGUAUUGCUAUGGUCCAGGACAUGGGGUGUUCCGCCGGCCUGGCACCUGUCACCAUGCACAGCGUCUCAAAGAUCUCUGUGUCGUCCUGGAGCCCGACGGCGAUGGCGGAUGGAAGCUGCGCAAUGCCGUGGUGACGCAGUUCUUCUACAACAACAGCAGACGAACUGGAACCUUUGGAUGCAAUCCACAGACUGGAUAUGAAGCCGCCACCUAUCACAGAGAUCCUUGUUGGGGCCCGGUGCCGAACCGCCACAUCUGCCAAGACGAGGGCAUAGCCCACAAGCUGCGCGUCACGGUGAGGGCCUGGCACGAUCCCUACAUCAAGGCCGCGGAGCUGACGCAUGGCUCGAUGGAUUUUGGCCUCAGCGGAUCCACGGAGCUCAUCACCGGGAGUGUGUUACUCACCAUGGGUUGUUUGAUCGUCCUGGUACCCAACAUCCUUCGGAGCAGAUGUGCCAUGAGAAGGUUGAAGAAGCUUACCAGAAAGGCUGCCUCACCACAAGCGCGAUCCUUUGGCCGAACAGGGCCCUUGCGAUUGAUCCACGAAAAAACAACGACACCAGCCACGGAUCGAUGGGCGCGGCAAAUGGGAAAAAAACAGGUGGUGACCAUGAUGCUGGAUGGCUAUCCUCCCAUCCUGGAGCUGCAGGACUUUUUGGCCACGUGUGAGAUCGUCUUUCUGGUGAUCUUCUGCAUAGAGAUGUGCAUCUUGCUUGGUGCUUACGGGCCUUGCAGGUACGUGAGAACUCCUGCCAUGUGUUUCGACGGCAUCAUUGUGACCGUCUCCGUUGUACAGGUUUUAACUUCACCAGAUGGACAGGGCGGGCCCUUCACGGCAUUGCGGACCUUCCGGCUCUUCAGAGUGCCACGCGCCGCCUAA